AUGAGAGGCGGCCCUCAGUCUUCGCAGCUCUGUUUCCAGUCUUCGGUCUUCACAGCUCCGUCUCCGGUCUACAGUCCCGUCUUCUGGACACUGGCCACUUUGGGCACUGAUGAUCGAUUACAGAACGUGCCGGAGUCGUGUCGAGUGGCCAUUGAAAACGGGGUCAAGAGUGGGGAUGCCAUUCGCUUCAUCACCUCGUCGCUGGAUCAUCCAUCCAUCCAUCCAUCCGUCGAGGAGGUCCCCACAAAGUCCGACAAAGGGAGCCCGCUCCUUUCAACACUUUUGAACACUUUCGACACCACAGCGGAGACCAACCUCAUCGAAUCUGAAUCUGAAUCCGAGUCCGCAUCCAACUCCAUGACACCCAGCUGUGGUCGCCGGGCCAACAAGCCGUCGGUGGUUGCCGUUGCUGCUGCUGCUGUUCCUGCUGAAGCUGCAACACAAACAGCAACGGCAGCAACACCAGCAACACCGUGGACAAGCAGCAACAUGGGCAGCGACUUGCCUCCCGACAACGCCGACAACUUUGGCAGUACACCUCAAUCAUGGCAAACGAGGAAGGAGGCCCAGUUGCUGCCCAUGAUGAAGAUGGACGUGUUGCUGGUGGCUUCCCAUCAGCAGCAGCAACAGCAGCAGCAGCAACAACAACUGCCCCAUUAG